AUGCGUCUUCUCGUUCCUUCUCCUCUUUCCUCUGUUUCUCCUCUUUCGCCUGUGUCUCCUCUUUCUCCUCUGUCUCAUGUGUCUCCUCUUUCUCCCAUGUCUCCUAUUUCUCUUAUGUCUCCUCUCUCCUUGACUUCGAAAAUGGAUUUCAAUCCAUUUCAGGACUCGGCAAAUUUUGUUGAACUACUCCAUAGUCAACAAAAUGUUGUCUUUGGCAGUCAAGGACGUGUUCCACUCUCUUCAUCGCAAGUGCCGUCCUUUGGCAGUGAAGCUGUGGAGCUUCCAGCAGAGCGUAAGGAAAGAAGGACGUGGACAGUCACAGAGGAUAUAGUGUUUAUUAGCAGCUGGCUGAAAACGAGCAAAGACCCCGUUGUAGGGAAUGAGCAGAAGUCAGCAACGUUCUGGACAAGGGUUGCAGCAUACUUCUCGGCUAGUCUAAAACUUGCUGGCUAUGAAAAACGCGACGGGAAUCAAUGCAAGCAACGUUGGCACAAGCUGAAUGAAGCAGUUUGCAAAUUUUCUGGGGCGUAUGAGGCAGCCACAAGAGAGAAAACCAGUGGCAUGAAUGACAAUGAGUGUUCCCGCUACCAUAUUGCGGUUGAAGAUUCAAGCAUCACGGGCCAUUCUAUCAUUUCAGUGUGUCAUAGGUUGUAUCAGUUUGUAUCAGUUUCAUCUUUUGUAUCAGUGUGUCACGGGUUUCAUCUUUUGGUAUCAAUUUGA